AUGGCGCGGGCGAGGGCGAGGCCAACGGCGAGGACGAGGCCGAGGGCGAGGCCGACGUUCGCAGAGAAGCGUCCUCCUUCCGUCACACUCGGAUUCUUGCGCACCGAACCAGUCGUCGUCCAUGGCGUUCCGAGCCGCCGCCACUGGCACCGCCACGGGCCUCCGCGCGGCCGCGCUGCGGCGCUACGUCCGCCCCCCGCCACCGCUCCGGUCUCCUCCUCCCGCUCCGCCGCCACGGCGGCCACCGCCGGCGCCGAGCACCACCACGCGGGCAGCCACAGGGCCUCCGGCAGCACCGGCGGCAACAAGCAGCUCCCCCGCGGCGACUACGUGCCGGUGUACGUGGCGCUGGGCCUGAUCGCGCUGUCGGUGACGCUGGGCCUGCACACGGCGCGGCAGCAGCUGGCGCACGCGCCCAACGUGUGGGUGGACAAGAAGAAGCGGGAGACGGUGCCCGAGGUGGCGGCGCCGGAGCUCGCGCUGGACGAGGCCGAGCGCUUCGUGGACCGGUCGCUCUUCCGCAAGGUCGCGCACGUGCAGGACGACCGCAGCCUCGCCGCCGGCGUCGCCGACCCCGUCACCAAGUACCCGACGAAGAAGGCGGUGACGCUCAAGGACGUGGGCGUGGAGACGCCGGGGAUCGGGCAGAGCAAGGAGGGCGUCCUCGACAAGAUCUUCAAGAAGAACCCCGCUUAA